GGGAUCUCAGCCUUCAAGCCAUGGCGGCCAAUGGUAAGGGGCAGAAGAAGCGCUUGCGGGCAGUUGCGCGAUCAACCAUCAAGAGGACCAAGAAGACACCUGCAGCAACAGAUGCGCAGGUCGACGAACUUUUGACAGAUCCAGAGAAAUUCUGCUGUCCAAUCCUGCAAUGUUUGAUGGACGAACCGGUCGUUGCAGAGGACGGUUUUACCUACGAACGUCAUGCUAUCCAAUCAGCUUUGACUCAUCGCUGGCGCAGUCCAAUGACCGGCAGCGAUAUGGGCGACACUGUGCUUCCCAUCAACAGAUUGAAAUCUGAGAUCAAAGCUUACAAGGAUGAAGUGGUUGAAAAGAUCAUCGAGCUUGUCCCCAGAAUCGACUCGCAGAGCCGAGCCGCCAAGCUCUUGGAUCGGGCUGAGGAGUUGCUGCGGACCCGAAACGGACCCGGUGCGUUGAGUGAAAGCGCUACGAAGAAACUGAAGACUGUGCUGCUUCUCAGAUGUAAACUGCCCUCAGACUAUCAUGGCGAUGCAAUUCCUGAACUCCUGGAUUUGCUGCUGAGUGACAAGGAUGCGAGCGUGCUGAUAGAACUGUUGGAGGACUACGAAUCCCUUCGCAUUGCAGACUGGACAGAAUCCCUAGACUUCAACACUCUAUUGGACCUCCAUUGGGUCGGCUGGCAGCAUGGAUUGCCUUCUUCUUCUCCCAGAUGUCAAGACCUCAUCGACACGGAGCUUGUGUCUCGCUUGGCGAAGGUGGCCAGCGAUGCCGUUGACCUGCAGACGGAAGUGGAUAGCGUGAACGAUCUCUGGUCCAUUACCUUGGAGCUUGCCAAGAGCACCAAACUCAACUGCUGGGUGAAGACGGCAGCCUUGGUCUUCACCAGCUUCUGGAGAGACAUUGGCCUCUUGGACGAUGUGAAGCUGGGAAGUUUGUCCGAAGAUCUGCUGAAACUGGCCGUGAUCUUCAUGCAGGACCCCAAGCUCGCUGCUUCCGAUGCCGAGGAGUUGUGGGGCUGUGAUUUGCAGCUUCGGCAGAUCCAACUUCCCAUGAAUAACAAGAGAGCCGACGUGCUGCUUGAGCUUGCUGAGAGGCAGAUCGACGAUCGACAAGCGAAAUUGGAGUUGUUGCUGAAAGCUCGGGAAGCAGAUCCGCACAACUGGGGAGUUCGCAAAGCCCUGAAACCCCUGUUACUAGAGAUGCUGGACUUGGAAGACAGAAUCGACAUGGAAUGCACCCUCAUUGACGUUUGCCUUGAAGAUGACACGGAGAUCCCAAAGCAGAUGCUCGCCAAGCUUCAACUCGAAGCGGAGAGUUUGCAAGAUCUCUCGGCGACAUCAUUGAUGACUUUGGCAUGGCAGCUGUCGGAAGAUAGACCCACAGAUGCAGCCCGCAUAGCAGUGUUGGCUGCAAAGAAACACGAGGCAGAUGAGAACCUUGAUCAAGCUCACAAGGCAUUUGUCUUGGCCUAUCGCUGGGAUUUGCGGAAUGAGGAUGCCAGAGAGCAGAUGAUUGAGAUUUGUGCUGAGACCAGCUCUCGAUAUAUGGACUUGCAGAUGGAAUGCAAUCAUUUGAAGGCUGAAGUGGCACGCUUGAAGGCCACUUCAGUCACUUGGUGUUUGGAAGAAGGCGUCAACUUCUACCCUGACAAGUUCCCAGCUUCCAGAAGCUAUGGAGUGCGCAGUCCACACUUCUAUUUUAGCCACUUUGAGGGCUGGAUGGAAUUCUUCCCGCGAGGGGUGGCUCAGGCACAGGCAUCUAAGGCAUCUUUCCAGAUGUUCCUGAACCCCACCGAGCUGUUGAUGAACCGCCUGCAGGGUGGAAGGCAGCGCCCGAGCACCAGCUUGAGCUUGAGGGCAGUGGUAAGGCUGGGCUCGGUGGAACACAGCGCCAAGGUCAGGAUCGUUGGCAAUCAGGACUGUUGGCAGCCCAAAUUGGCAUUGCCGAACUUUGUGGACAGUUGUGAGGUCAAUACUGAGGACGACAACUGGACCACCGAACUCACCGUGGAGUUUAGUGAGAUGUGCUUCCACACCAGGGAUGGCCCACCACCUCCCACCGCGGCAUUGAGAUGUUUGCUGGUAGAUGUUGAAGCGUGCUCCCUGGACACUGCUGGAAGCUUGACGAUCGCUCAUCCAGUUUGCUGCCUCUGAGGGCAUGAUUUCGCUUGCGCGAGGGGAAAAAAA